CGGGCAGCUUCAGUUGCAAUCUCCUACUCUGACCAUCCACUAGUUUGCCCAUCCGUGUUCUAGCUUUCGCGGACGCACCCUGAAACGGUAUCGCAACGACCAACGACCCCGCGUGCGAUCGACCUAAGCCGAACCGAGCGGCACGUGUGAUUGUGAGGUUUGCCGAAACCAGCCCGGGCACACCUUUAAGUGCAAGUGUUAAACAAAAACGAAAACAACCAAAAAAUAUCCCCACCAGUGUUCACUUGAUCAUAAACCCCGGCAGAAACGAUACGACGGGGUUCCGACGAUGCUGUCCGACGUAGAAGAGCUGCCCUCGGUGCAGCUGGGCGACUAUGUGCUACGGUUUGAGCUGGAAGAUCUGACACCGUUCGGCAAGGAAGUGGCUAAGAACGAGCUACGCGAAACGCCCGAAAUUCGCACCGCUGCCAUCGAGGAGCUGCGCACAUUGCUCAAAGAUGUUGAAGAUUUGGUGGUGCCGCUAGACAACGAUGACUGGAUGAUCCGAUUCCUUCGUCCGUGCAAGUUCUACGCAAAGAGCGCCUGCGAGCUGAUUCAACGGUACUAUCAGUUCAAAAUAAAACACUUCGACAUGUACAACGAACUGAUGCCUUCCAAGGAGGCUAACAUCUUCAAGCAGAACAUCCUGGCCGUGUUUCCGAAUCGUGAUCAGCUCGGACGACGUGUACUCCUGCUGGAACUGGGCAAAACCUGGAAGCACAAGGAGGUUACGCUUGACGAAGUCUUCAAGGGAUGCGUACUGUUCUUGGAGGCGGCCAUGUUAGAACCGGAAACUCAAGUUCACGGCGCGGUUGUGAUCUUCGACAUGGAUGGACUAACCCUACAACAAGCGUGGCAGUUUACACCACCGUUCGCCAAACGUAUUGUGGACUGGCUUCAGGAUGCAGUACCGCUGCGUAUCAAGGGUAUCCACAUCAUUAAUCAGCCAAAGAUUUUCAACAUGGUGUUCGCAUUGUUCAAGCCGAUCCUGCGCGAGAAGUUGCGCAGUCGUAUCAUCUUUCACGGUACCGAUCGUGAGUCGCUGUACAAGCACAUCUCCAAGGAGUGUCUACCAGCCGUCUACGGUGGUACGGUAGAUGCGCCACGUGUACAGGGCGAACAGUGGUAUGAACUGUUGCUCAAGUGCGACAACGAGUACAAGGAGAUCAACAACUACGGUUACACCAAACAGCUGGAGGAACAACGCAAUAAGAAGAACAAGAAAAAAUGAUGAUAUACACCCCCAGGAGAUGAUACGAUCGCUGGUAUACCGACAUGCGAAAGGUGAAAGAUGCAAAUGAGUAGACUUACAUCUUGAACAUGGUCGGUCUGGUCAGAAGGCGCCAGCAUGCGCCAUGUGAUGCUUAUAUAUUCCAUUAAUAACUACAAAGAUCUAUCACCAAACACUUAAGCUCCACUACUAAGGAACGAUUCUGACCCGAUUCCCCGAUAGGAUUUAGUCUACGCCAACAAACAUUACGCCAUGGUUUCGGGACUCACAAAAAGCGCAAGAAGCACGCACAUACUACACACCGGAAGCACACGAAAAAAAAAACACUCAGUUAGCUCAGCUAGCAUCCUUUUACUAGUUAGAACGUUGGGUACAAACACCAAAGCUGGCAUUGCAAGCCAUCUCACCGACGCGAUGGUAAACAAAAUUAACUAAACAAGGUGUGAUAAUGAUUUUCAUUCUAAAAACACAAGCGUGAUAGCUGCUACUUUGUAACGGCAGAGAUUUGUCCGUUUGCUUGUACAGUCCUUUCCCAGCUUCAUUCUCUCUUUCGAAUGGUUGAAUAGACUGUUGUGAAGUAAGUAAACUUAGGAUAAAUUAUCUUCUUUUUAACAUAUCUGUAAGUAUUGCGGGUAGAGAAGUUGAACAAAUAAAAGUUAUG